AUGAGAUCAUCGAUUUUGUUUCUACUAAAAUUGAUGAAAAUUAUGGAUGUUCAGCAACAGCAAGAAGCUAUGUCAUCAGAAGAUAGGUUUCAGGAACUGGUGGACUCCCUAAAGCCAAGAACUGCGCAUCAGUACAAGACCUACUAUACUAAGUACAUACAAUGGUGUCAGCUCAAUCAAAUUAUACCGACACCGGAGGACAAUUCUGUAAAUAGCGUCCCCUAUAAAGACCUGCCAAUAUCUGCUGAACUGAUACAUUGGUUUUUGUUAGAUACAUUAAUAACCGAUGAUAAGCCUGGAGAGAAAAGAGAAGAGACUGAAGAUCUUGAUGAGGAGGAGGAGAAUUCAUUCAAGAUCGCUACGUUGAAGAAAAUUAUAGGCAGUCUCAAUUUUUUGUCAAAAUUGUGCAAAGUUCAUGAAAAUCCAAAUGCUAAUAUAGACACAAAAUACCUGGAGUCAGUCACCAAGCUUCAUACCCAUUGGAUAGAUUCACAAAAGGCAAUCACCACUAAUGAAACAAAUAACACAAAUACUCAAGUGCUGUGUCCACCAUUAUUGAAAGUGUCUUUGAAUUUAUGGAACCCAGAAACUAACCAUCUCUCUGAGAAAUUUUUUAAAACCUGUUCUGAAAAAUUAAGAUUCCUGGUGGAUUUUCAAUUAAGAAGUUAUUUGAACCUUUCAUUUGAAGAAAGAUCAAAGAUACGAUUUGGUUCCCUCAAGCUCGGUAAAAGGGACAGAGACGCUAUAAUUUAUCAUAAAGUAACUCAUUCGGCGGAAAAAAAAGAUACGCCGGGCCACCAUCAACUCCUUGCAUUAUUACCCCAAGAUUGUCCAUUUAUCUGCCCUCAAACUACAUUAGCUGCAUAUUUGUAUUUAAGGUUCUAUGGUAUACCAUCUGUUUCGAAAGGGGAUGGCUUUCCCAAUUUGAACGCUGAUGAAAAUGGCUCACUUUUACAAGAUAUUCCCAUACUAAGAGGCAAAUCACUGACAACUUAUCCCAGAGAGGAAACAUUUAGUAAUUAUUAUACAACCGUGUUUAGGUAUUGCCACUUACCUUAUAAAAGAAGAGAAUAUUUCAACAAAUGUAACCUUGUUUACCCAACUUGGGAUGAAGACACUUUUAGAACAUUUUUCAAUGAAGAAAACCAUGGAAAUUGGUUAGAACAACCUGAGGCCUUUGCGUUCCCUGACAAAAUACCGUUCGACUUCAAGAAAAUCAUGAACUUCAAAUCGCCCUACACUUCGUAUUCUACAAACGCUAAAAAGGACCCUUUUCCGCCUCCAAAGGAUUUAUUAGUUCAAAUAUUUCCGGAGAUUGAUGAAUAUAAAAGACAUGAUUAUGAAGGUUUGUCUCAGAAUUCAAGGGAUUUUCUAGAUUUAAUGGAAGUUUUACGAGAAAGAUUUUUGAGCAAUCUACCAUGGAUUUACAAAUUCUUUCCUAAUCAUGAUAUAUUCCAGGACCCCAUUUUUGGAAAUUCCGAUUUUCAAUCAUACUUCAAUGACAAAACUAUACAUUCAAAGGGUUCACCCAUUUUAUCAUUCGAUAUACUACCAGGCUUUAAUAAAAUCUAUAAGAAUAAGACAAAUUUUUACUCACUCUUAAUAGAAAGGCCUUCGCAGUUGACAUUUGCUUCGAGUCAUAAUCCAGAUACACACCCCACUCAAAAACAAGAAUCUGAGGGGCCAUUACAAAUGAGUCAACUUGAUACUACACAAUUAAAUGAAUUAUUGAAGCAACAGAGUUUCGAAUAUGUGCAGUUCCAAACACUUUCUAAUUUCCAAAUUUUAUUAUCGGUAUUCAAUAAAAUUUUUGAGAAAUUGGAGAUGAAAAAAUCUUCAAGAGGCUAUAUUUUACAUCAGCUUAAUUUAUUCAAAAUUACCUUGGAUGAAAGAAUUAAGAAAUCUAAGAUUGACGAUGCCGAUAAAUUUAUACGUGAUAAUCAGCCCAUUAAAAAAGAAGAAAACAUUGUGAAUGAAGAUGGGCCUAACACAUCAAGGCGGACAAAGAGGCCGAAGCAAAUUAGAUUACUCUCAAUUGCGGAUUCCUCCGACGAAUCCUCCACGGAGGAUUCAAAUGUAUUCAAAAAGGACGGUGAAUCCAUCGAAGAUGGCGCAUAUGGAGAAAAUGAAGAUGAGAAUGACUCUGAGAUGCAAGAGCAGUUAAAAUCUAUGAUAAACGAACUUAUAAACUCCAAAAUAAGCACUUUUUUACGGGACCAAAUGGAUCAAUUUGAAUUGAAAAUAAACGCUUUAUUAGAUAAAAUUCUUGAAGAAAAAGUCACUCGUAUUAUCGAGCAAAAACUUGGUUCACACACGGGGAAGUUUUCAACGUUGAAGAGGCCACAACUAUACAUGACGGAAGAACACAAUGUUGGAUUUGAUAUGGAAGUUCCUAAAAAACUUAGGACCAGUGGUAAGUACGCAGAGACUGUGAAAGAUAAUGAUGAUCAUCAAGCCAUGUCAACUACUGCAUCGCCGUCUCCUGAGCAAGAUCAAGAAGCAAAGAGCUAUACUGACGAACAAGAAUUUAUGCUGGACAAAUCCAUAGACAGCAUAGAGGGAAUCAUUCUUGAAUGGUUCACCCCAAACGCUAAGUACGCCAACCAAUGCGUGCAUUCAAUGAACAAAUCAGGUAACAAGUCGUGGAGAGCUAAUUGUGAAGCUUUAUACAAGGAAAGAAAAUCAAUUGUUGAAUUCUAUAUUUAUUUGGUAAAUCAUGAGAGUCUCGACAGAUACAAAGCAGUUGAUAUUUGCGAAAAAUUACGAGAUCAGAACGAAGGUUCAUUUUCGCGCUUGGCAAAGUUCCUAAGGAAGUGGAGGCAUGACCAUCAAAAUUCAUUUGAUGGUCUGUUAGUAUAUCUAUCUAACUGA